AGACACUGUACGUACCAGGUAGGUAGCCAGCUGCUGCCUUGCAUGCUGAGACCGUUCCUGCUCUGUCCGGGCAACCCAAGCCGAUAACCUCGAGAGCGUCUUAUUCACAACGACGGCAGCAAUGGCAUCCACCGGACUUUCUGAAGUGCUUUUCAAAAAGGUGGACGAAUACGUCGAUUCGCUGGCACCGCAGAUCCAGCCCCGCAUCACCCAAGAACUCGACGUGUUCCAGCAGAAGACUAUCGAUAGCCUGGAGGAGCAGGUUAUCGAUGCUUUCCGCUCUCUAUUUAACAAGGAGACGGGUGGGUCCAAUGAGAGCACCGCGAGGACCCUCAGCGAUCGGGUUCCCGAUGCGUACGGCCGGCAGUCGCUGCCGUUCGCCGACGAGAUCGCCAACCUCGCCCGCAGCUUCACCGACGUCGCUGCCGAAGCGGGGGACGACCUGCGCGACAUCUUCGACCUGACCGAGAGCCGUGACCGCCCGGGUGGGUCACGCUCUCGAGGAGCGGAUCAUACCGACAACGUCAAGGGCUUCCUUUCCGCCGCCGUCCAGGCCGUCCAGGGCCACCUAGAGAAUAAUAGCAAAGGGCCAGGAGGUGGCGACUUUCAGCUGGACGGGCUGCUCGGUGUCAUCAGUAACACCGUCAAGGACGCCGCGCGCGACCCGGAGGAAAAGGCUCGCCUCAUCGCGCCGGAGAUCAAGGAAAAGGUCGCCGCAAAGCUCAGAGAGCAGCACGCCCCGAUCGCCGAGCAGUUCACCCGCAUCGCCCUCGACCACAUCAAGCGCUGGCUGCGCGGGAACACAAGCACGCGGGAUCUUGGCGACGGUGUCAAAGGGGAGAUUGAAGAGCAGGUCAAGGACCUCGUCAAGGGGCUGGGAGGGCUGUUCGGAAACAAAAAGACACCCAGCCACGCGGCGUCCAGGGGCCUCGAAGAUCGGACCCAAGACCGCGACGGAGGCGAGACAGAGGGGUCCGGGGGGUUCUCCAAGUUGAUCAGCGAGAAGCUCAGCACCGGUCUGGCCGGGGUUCACAGGGAGGUGCGUCUCGAGUUCCGCAAGAUCCUGGGCGUGAUCGAAAAGCAGCUGUUCGAGCUGCUGCCCGAUGAGUUCCAGCGGCCGCUAGAGAAGAUUCUCGGCGGUAACCCCUUCGACUCGCAACUUGACCGCGACGCGGGUGCCUCGACCGACCGCGGUUUCGGUGACGACAUCAGAGCAAAGCUGCUCAGUAAGAUUCGCGGUCUUGUCCGAAAGGUUCAGGAGACCCUCCGGGAGAGCAUCCUGGCUAUCGUCAACGGUGGGCACCGCAAGUUCGAGCGCCAGAGCUGGCUGUUCGUGCAGAACAUGGUGGAGCAAAAGGUCCAGAAGUAUCUCCCUAAAGUCAAGAUCUCGGUGCCCGAUGACAUUGGCAACGAGGGUGUAAGUGUGGGAGCGCCGACUUCCAACAUCCAGCUUGGGGGCGGCCACCAGUCCACAGCUCCUCUUCCAACUUUCGGCCACUCCUCCUCUCCGGCCAGCCAUGCUCCGGUUGCUUCCCCUUACCAGCCACAACACAGUCAUGCCCCGCAGUACCAACCACAAGAGCAAUACCAACCUCAGCGACCCCCACCCCAGCAAGGAUAUCAGUCUGUCAAUCCCCAAUCGUACGGGGAGUACCGACCUCAGCAAUAUCAGCCGGGCCAGCCGCAUGGCCACCAGGGGUGUUACGGCCACGGGGACGGGUAUCAGUACGGGCAAAACCCACCAUAUUGAAACCCAAAGGUCGAGAUAGUUGUAAAUAGCAUAGUCCACAGAGCGAGUUUUGAGAAAGAGAGAGGCUGUUCUUCCCACUCCG